AUAUUAUGUAAGUUACAAAUUCGGCCAUGAAACUUAUGCUUCAACCUCAAUGCCUCGCCUCGCUUUUUCGCAAGCCUUUUACAACAUUGCUCAAUAGAACGAUAUGAAGAACAUUUCUGCUGCGACAUUUCUUGACGGGCUCCUCUACAAACCAAACCAGUGCGCAACCAAAUCCCAACCAAUUCUUCUUCCCCAUUCUUCAUUUCUCUCUCUAGGAAGCAAUCCACACAGCUCUGCCUGAUAAUAUUUCUGAUCAUUUCCCUUCCCAACCAGUGAUUACUCCACCUUUCCCCAAAGUCUGAACUCUUCGUACACCAUCGUCCAGGGAAUCCUCUUUCGUCCAGACUUCCAAACCACCGACGCCCACACUCCUUAGCAACAGUACAUUUCACAAGCACAUGAGAAUUGCUUUCCUCUGCAGAUUCACACGGCAUACAUCUCGCCCGAACAUCACCCCUCCAAAUCACGUCUCGCCGCCGGCCGGCCUUCUCUUCCAGGAGAACACCGCCCCACAGUUCGCCCAAAAAUGCAGAGAAGGGGAGCCAAGAGAGAACGGGAGUAGUCAAGCAAAGAUCUUAAGCUGUGCCACGUCAUCGAUCUGUCUUGUCGUUCAAACCCCAUUCCCCGUGCUCCGAUCAGGCAACCAACGGACGGGAACCAUCUGAACCCUCUUUAAAAAUCUCCGCUCUCCGUUUUCAGCUCCUUUUCCUGCCUCUGUUAUCUUACACGAACUCGUCAAUGGUGGACAAUGCGCUGCAGUCAGAGAAGGUCCCCACUAUGGAAAAUCCAGACGCUUCUACAGGCAACCUUUUGUAUCCUGAGAUGAUAAUGGCGGCUGUGAGAGCACUCAACGAGCCGAACGGCUCGAGCAAGGAGGCGAUUUGCAACUAUAUUGAGUCGAACCACCCGAACGUUCGCCCAUCUCACUCGACGCUACUGUUGCACCACCUCCACCUGCUCAAGGAGGACGGAUCUCUCGUCAUGGAGAAGCACUGCUACAAGGUCCCGUCUGAUUCUCAGGGCUCAGAACCUAUCUCUGCCCCAGCGAAGCAGGGGCGUGGUCGUCCGCCGAAGCCUCAGAUCGCAGUUCUGGCAGGGGGCCCCCCUCAGCCGCGCGGUCGUCCUCCGAAGCCGAAGGUCGGAGUUCCGGCAGGGGGUCCCUCUCGGCGGCGCGGGCGUCCUCCGAAGCCAAAGGUCAGAGUUCCGGCAGGGGGGGGCUCUCGUCCGCGCGGUCGUCCUUCGAAGCCGAAGGUCGGAGUUCCGGCCGGGGGUCCCUCUCGGCCGCGCGGUCGUCCUCCGAAGCCUACGAUUGAAGUUCCCGCCGCGGGCUCGCCUCGCCCUCGAGGUCGCCGUCGCGGUCGUCCUCCGAAGCCUAAGGUCGGAGUUCUGAGUCCAGGGGAGUCCCCUUCCUCACGAGGUCGGCCGACGAAGAAGCCGAAAGUCGGAGGGGAAGCAACCGGCGCGCCUUUGCCCCAGAGUCCGCCAAAGGUCGCAGGCACCGCAGCGGUUCCUGCUGGAGGCACUCCUAGUCCCCGUGCGAAACCCCCGAAGCCGAAGGACCCGACUAAGCUUUCCGUCCCUCCGUUGCGAAAGUAUUCGCGGUCCCGCGGACGGCCGGCAGAAGUUCCAGCAGUAGUAGAAGUCGCCACUGUUCCCGCCGCGGGCUCGCCUCGCCCUCGCGGUCGCGGUCGUCCGCCGAAGCCUAAGAUCGGAGCUCUGAGUCCAGGGGAGUCCCCUUCCUCACGAGGUCGGCCGACGAAGAAGCUGAAAGUCGAAGCGGAAGCAACUGGUGCGCCUCCACCCCAGGGUCCGCCGGGGAAGGUCUCAGGCACCGCAGCGGUUCCUGCUGGAGCCACUCCUCGUCCCCGUGGGAGACCCCCGAAUCCGAAGGACCCGACUACGCCUUCCGUCUCUCCGUUGCCAAAGUCUUCGCGGCCCCGCGGACGGCCGACGAAGAAACCGAAAGUCGGAGCGGAAGAAACCGGCGCGCCUCGGCCCCUGGGUCCGCCGGCGAAGGUCGCAGGCACCGCAGCGCUUCCUGCUGGAGCCACUCCUCGUCCCCGUGGGAGACCCCCGAAUCCGAAGGACCCGACCAAGCCUUCCGUCUCUCCGUUGCCAAAGGGUUCGCGGACGCGCGGACGGCCGCCAAAGGCGAAGCCGGCAGAAGUUCCAGCGGUAGUAGAAGUCGCCACAACGGUAGAACUUCCUUCUUGGAAACAAAGACUGUUUACUCUGUCAGUUAGAGUUGCGCCCCACGUCCCCGUUACGAUCACCGGAACAUGUAGAUGAUAAUCGAUAUUACGAAGAACACUCGACAAAUGAACUUUGCAAAGACAGACCAACUUUAGUUUCUCUAUUUAGCCAUUCACAAAGAGGAUGUAGUACUGUUACAGUUGCCGGAGCAAGACGCUCUUCUCUCCGUGCAAUUUUCCUUUCCCUGCUGGUCUUUAUCUCGGCUCCGUUGGCUUCGUCUUGAGAGUCUUUGCUCUUGCUUUCUCUGCCUUCGACCUGUGAAAUUGUGAAUAUUCUCCAUCAGUGCGCGUUUGUUUUCGAAGACACUUUCUUUCAUGUACAAUAUGAUAAUACAUAUGCUUGUUAAUCUUCUUCA